GUAGUGCAGUUGCUAUCGUCAUCAAUUAAAUGCUGAUUUUCUGCAUAAUUAGCGUCAGACAUUAAAAAUGAAUGAAAUUUUGGUUUGAAAUAGUGGUAAUUUAUAGAAAAAAAAUUAUUUCUUACGCUGAAACUAUUUGACGUUGAAUUGAAAACCCCUGCUUUUUGCUUGCCAGCCAUUCUUAUUCGUUCGUUGAUUUUGAUUGGUCAAAUAUUUUGCAGCAGAAAGCGACAAAAUACCAAGUUCACUGCACCUUGAACCAAGUGAAGACACAGUGUGUUUCUGUCACACUGGCAAGUGUAUUGAGAAGAAUCAUGGGCUCAGCCAAAGUUGUCAUUGAAUACUGCGGCGGAUGAGGGUACGGGCCGCGGUUCCGCGAGCUGCAGGAGCUCAUCCAGAGCAAUGUGCCCGGAGCCGAGGUGGAGGGAUUCGUCGGCAGACGAUCGUCAUUUGAGGUCAAGGUGAACGACCAGGUGGUGCACUCCAAGCUGCAGACCAUGUCGUUCCCCGACUUCAAGGAGGUGGUGACGGUGGUGAAGGAGGUGUCGGACGGCGCCGCGCCGCGCCAGGUGGAGAAGAUGCAGCCGGCAUCCUGCGUCACCGUCUAGCCGCCCGAGCUGGGACGGAGCGGCGCCGGCGCCGCCCUCUGGAGUGAGGCGGCCGCACUGACAUCUGCAGGGCCAACGCGGCACGGAGCGGCACAGGGAACGGUGAACGGCCACGGAUGCGGCGUACGUUCGUCGGUCUGAUAUUUACGGAUCGGCGGCUCCUUUGUCAUGAAAUUGUACACGUCAUUUGGACACCAUUCAGAUAAGAUGUCAGUGUAUAAUAAUUCUUGCGUCUUCUUAGUUCUGACAACCGUUUCUUGGCUGAUAGUCUUUACAGCUGUCGAUCUCUGUAUUUUUGGUCAAAACGGCAUGUGGAGGGACUAAGCGAAAAUAUCGUUUUCUGCUCAUUUCACACAAAUGGUUCAGCGAUGAAUUUUGCCUUUAUCAACGUCGCGCAGCCUGUGUCGUGCCGUUUCCGUGCCGCGGUAGCCGCUACACUCCUCCUGAGGGCUGCUGCGGCGCUGUGUCUGUCCGGCGGGGAUGCCAGCCCGCCACCCUGUCCCCUGGGAUCUGUGCGGUGACCCGGGCCGCUCCGGCGGAUGACCGGCGACCCUGAAAGGCUGACCGUGUCCGGGGGUCGCCGCGAGGAGCGCCAGAGCCGCCCUGGCCGCCGCUGAGGUCUCAGGAGGACAGACGUGUAGAGCUAGUGGGAGAAUAUAACCGUUUAUUUUGCUCAUGAAUGUGAUGGGAAACAUGAUAUUGGGAAUGAUUUGUUCUUUCGAUACUGAUUUAGCGCACCUCGCUGCAACCGAUCUGAAUGCAGAGCGAAUUGGUGUCUGUCUGUGCAGCUGUGUGCGAUGGAUACUACGUCUUGGACUGUUUCGCUUUGUGAAGAUCUACAGGCUGAUCUGUCGGCUGCAUCACCAUGAACAUAGAGGGAACUAGACCCUUUUACCGUCCAAUAGAAUUGUUUGUAGUAUGGAUUGUUCGCUCUAAGUUGCAUGAACUCGCAUACCUACAAGAGAAUCCCAGCAGUCACAUGCCUAACUCUGAUGAUAUCGAUGUCACAGCUCAACGAACCUCGACAGAACUCUUUACCGACGUGGUCGUUAGACGGAUAAUACAUUUUUACCAUUAGUUGUU